AUAUUCUGUGGUUAGAUUUGACUGUGUUAACCUUGGAUGGGAAAAAGAGGUUGUGUUUUGUAUGUUUCAUAUUUUGGGCAUUAUUAUUUUUUUAAUUAAAUGUGCAAAUAACGGUGAAUAUUUAAUUUAAUUUCACCGCUAAGUCAAGAUAUAAUUAAGAUGGCUGCCGUAGGUGACUUGUGGGUAUCUUGGUUUAGCUGUUGUGUUGCUCAACCACAAAAAAGGAGACACCGAAUUGAUAGGUCUAUGAUAGGCAACCCUACAAAUUUUCAACAUACGGGACACAUAGGGAGUAGGGAUGUAGAAAUGCCUGGAGAUCAACUUAUGGCCCUUCAGAACCAGAUGAAAAGUAAAGGUGGCUAUGACCCUACCUAUAAAGAAGCCCAAUGGUGUCCAUAAGGUGCACAGAAGUUUCUUACGUGCAUAAAUGUAUUUAUUUCAAUUUUUUGGUAUUAUCCAAUUACAGAAUGUUUGUUGUAGCUUUGUAUAUAGUAGUUAUAUCAUAAUAAGAACAUUUCCUAUUGGUUUUUAUUGUAACCAUUUCUUUGUUUUACUUUGUGAAUUUUGACACUAUACUUGCAGCUCUUUUGUUGAUACAUAUUUAUAUAAUUUUAAUGAUGCCCAUUGAUACUAUUUUCAGAUGUUUUUGGCAAAUUCUAAAUAACAUGUUUGUUUGCAAAAGUAUUUUGAAUGAUGUCAGAUUUGUUGUAACACUGACUGCCAUGUAUCAAUUGAUGCUUCUUACAGACCCAUAACAAAAAGAUUACUCAAUGUUGGUUGCAUUCAGGAUUUUUGUGAUUUAAAAACACUUAUGAUUAACUUUUUAUUUUCUACUAGUGAAACAAGUUCCUGUAUAGGUUUAAUUUGCAACCGUUGGUAUAAAUUACUGAUUUAAUUUGUUUGCUCAACUUAAUGUAGUAAUUUACUAAGCGCAUUGUAAUCUCACUGAUCCUUGUUAAUUCAAAAAGUUAAUAGGGUGGACAAAAAUCUGAUAUUUGUUGAUAUCUAUAACGGAUAUUAAGAAGAAAUUUUUUUUUUUAAGGAAAAAGUAUUGGUCUAAAAUUUUGUAAUUAUUGAUGUAAUGAAUUUUUUUUUCUGAUCAGUUCUUUGAAUUUCACAGUUUAAGGGAAAAAAUUCUUGUAGCAGUGUUUUAUAAAUUAAACUUCAAUUUCAGUAAUACAUCACUUUACCUUUGUUGGUACAUUUUGCACCAGGCCCCUAUUUACUGUAGCAUAUAUUUAGAAAAUUAUGUAAAUAGUAUAAUGUAUAUAUUGGUGGAGAUUUGUUUGAUAAACAUGGUUUCACAUUGUUAAUUAUAAUUAUCAAACAUCCUUCCCUUAGCAAUUGAUUGGUGCUCUGUAGUUCACUAGAUUGUUUGACAUUUGCACACCUUCAUAGUGCCAAAAACUUUAUUUAUACAGUAUACAUAUAUAUUUUUUAAAGUUACCUACAGACUUACAAUAGUAAAAAUGAAAAAUAUAUAGCUAACAGAUAAUAAGACAAGACAUGCUGCGAGGCUAUCUGGGUGGCAUGACUGUUUAAGGUGUGUGUCUAUGAAAAUGCGUACUAUUGCAAAUUCUUUAGGUAACUUACUGUAUUUCUAUUGUAUUCUAUAUUACAGAUAUGUAUUUAUUACUAAACUAAACAACAAAAAACCAUUUAGUUUUUUUUUAGAAAAUUCAUUUGACAUUUAAUGAAUUUGUUUCAUUGGAUCUUAUUAUAAUACAAUUUCCCAUUUGAAAAAUUGGCAUAAAUUACAAAACAGGUUUUCCAUUGCACAAUCCUCUGUAGGAUAAAAUUCUGUAGUAUUUGUGAUAUUAUGAAACAAAAAGUGUACACUUUGGUCGCACAAUUAAUUUAUUAUACCCUUGUAAUAAUUAUAUCCAAAUUUAAAGUGUAAUUGUUAGUUAUUGAUCAGACUGGUACAUCUAGGUGAUAAGAAUUUUUGCACGAUUGUAAAAGCACAAAAUAGAUUUAAGAUUUAAGCAAUGCAAUAAAAAAAUACACUUAAAUUUUAUAUGUCCCCUUCAAAAUAGGCAAUUAUAUUUAAUUUUUUUUUUC